UACCGCGCAUCAGGCGCUGUUGUUGGAGCCGGAAUACCGUGCGUCUCUGACCGAGCCGGCCCAAUCGUCGCGCACACACUCACCGAGCCGCGCGCGCCCCUCGCCGUGGCCCUGGCGGUGGCCUCCGCUCGCCCGGAGCCCCCGGAGCGCGGCGAGAACCGGUGGGCACCCAGGUCCCCCGGCAGGUCCCCGGCGCGCCAUGCAGGGCACGUGCGCCCCCCGGCUCUAACCUGCGCGCUGACGGGAGCCCGAUCUGUGCCCAGGCCGGGGCUGCCAAGCUAACAAGGCUGUGUUCAGCAGAAAUGGAUACAGGAGGAGCAGCGUAGUUCAAAGACUAAGGGAGGCAUCGUCUCUCUUUUCCUGGGAUUUAAACGCGAUUUAGGAGGGCAGAUGCCCUACCUGAAAAGGCCAGACUUUAAAGACCCAGGCAGUGUCGUGGUCCAAGGCGUCUCAAAGCAGGUGGCCAGAUCUGCGUUUCUCAUCAGCGGACUCGCUCCGGCUGUGGCUAUUACGAAUCUGUACCAGAACAGGUUUUUAGGCCUGGCCGCCAUGGCAUCCCCAUCUAGAAACUCCCAGAAUCGCCGCCGGUGCAAGGAGCCACUCCGUCACAGCUACAACCCUGGCCAGUUCCACAGCAUGGCCAUCAGGACCGGCCCCCACGGCACCGUCACCAUACCCCGCUCCACCAGCGACACCGACCUGGUCACCUCAGACAGCCGCUCCACACUUAUGGUCAGCAGCUCCUACUACUCCAUAGGACACUCUCAGGACCUGGUGAUCCACUGGGACAUCAAGGAGGAAGUGGAUGCUGGAGACUGGAUUGGCAUGUAUCUCAUUGAUGAGGUCUUGUCAGAAAACUUUUUGGACUAUAAGAACCGUGGAGUCAAUGGUUCUCAUCGGGGCCAGAUCAUCUGGAAGAUCGAUGCCAGCUCUUACUUUGUGGAACCCGAAACUAAGAUCUGCUUCAAAUACUACCAUGGCGUGAGUGGAGCCCUGCGAGCCACCACCCCCAGUGUCACGGUCAAAAACUCUGCAGCUCCUAUUUUUAAAAGCAUUGGCUCUGAUGAGACUGUCCAAGGGCAAGGAAGUCGGAGGCUGAUCAGCUUUUCUCUCUCAGAUUUCCAGGCCAUGGGGCUGAAGAAAGGGAUGUUUUUCAACCCAGACCCUUACCUGAAGAUUUCCAUUCAGCCUGGAAAGCACAGCAUCUUCCCUGCCCUCCCACACCAUGGACAGGAGAGGAGAUCCAAGAUCAUAGGCAACACCGUGAACCCCAUCUGGCAGGCCGAGGUGUUUUUAAGGAAUCGUCUUCAGAAGCCAAAGAAUAGAGAUGUAGUUGUAGAUGUGGACAAGGACCUGGAUAUAGAUACGGUUGAAGAUAGAUUGCAUCAAUUCAGCUUUGUGUCCUUGCCCACUGAUGUACUGGAAAUUGAGGUGAAAGACAAGUUUGCUAAGAGCCGCCCCAUCAUCAAGCGCUUCUUGGGAAAGCUGUCGAUGCCCGUUCAAAGACUCCUGGAGAGACACGCCAUAGGGGAUAGGGUGGUCAGCUAUACACUUGGCCGCAGGCUUCCAACAGAUCAUGUGAGUGGACAGCUGCAAUUCCGAUUUGAGAUCACUUCUUCCAUCCACCCAGAUGAUGAGGAGAUGUCCCUCAGCGCCGAGCCUGAGUCCGCGGACACUCAGGACAGCCCCAUGAACAGCCUGUUGGCCAGCAGCCGUGGGGAGCCUCCCGGCGAGGCACCGGAGCUCCCCAGGGGCUCCAAGCCCGAGCCGCCUAGCCAGGGCAGCGCCGGGGACGCUGCCGGGAACGGGAGCCUGGAGCUGGCCGAGCCGGUUGAGGAAGCGGCAGGUACCAACGAGGCAGGAGACGACGGAGCGGGCUCUGUGGGACCUGACGGGGCUGGGGAGCUUCUGGGCCCGGGGCGUGAGGACGCCGAGCCCGCCCUGAGUGCGGAAGAACUGGCGGAGCGGCUGGAGCUGGGUGGGGAGGUGCCCCCACCGGGGCUGCUGGAGGACAGCGAAGGCCCGGGCGGCACCGGGGAGCCCGAGGCAGAGGAAGAGGCCACAGAGAGCCGGGCGGGGGGAGAGGAGGAGAAGGAGCAGGCGGAGGAGGAGGAGGGCGACGUGUCCGCCCUGGGGCAGGGGGAGGACAGGCUGCAGCUGCGGGCCUCGGUGAAAAGGAAAAGCAGGCCGUGCUCCUUGCCGGUGUCCGAGCUGGAGACGGUGAUCGCGUCCGCCUGCGGAGACCCCGAGACCCCGCGGACACACUACAUCCGCAUCCACACCCUGCUGCACAGCAUGCCCUCCGCCCAGGGCGGCGGCGCCGCGAGCGACGACGGCGCCGAGGAGGAGGCCACCCUCCAGGACGCCUCGGAGAAGGACGGGCUCAGCGAGGUGGACACACUAGCUGCCGCGCCGCCUCCCCUCGAAGAGGAUGGGGAGGAACUCGAGGGGGCUACUCCAGGCACGGCGACCCCCGGCCACUCCGGCCUGACCAACGGCCUGGGCCCGGACGGCGACACGCUCCCCAGCACAGGGAGUGAGAGCGACUCGAGUCCCCGGCAGGGUGGGGACCACAGCUGCGAGGGCUGUGACACGUCCUGCUGCAGCCCCUCCUGCUACAGCUCCUCGUGCUACAGCACGUCCUGCUACAGCAGCUCCUGCUACAGCGCCUCCUGCUAUAGCCCCUCCUGUUACAACGGCAGCAGGUUCGCCAGCCACACCCGCUUCUCCUCCGUGGACAGCGCCAAGAUCUCUGAGAGCACCGUCUUCUCGUCGCAAGACGAUGAGGAGGAGGAGAACAGUGCGUUCGAAUCUGUGCCCGACUCGGUACAGAGCCCGGAGCUGGACCCGGAGUCGGCAAAUGGCGCCGGGCCGUGGCACGACGAGCUGGCCGCCCCCGCCGCCAGCGUGGCAAGAACCGUGGAAGGUCUGGAAUCCCCCGUGGCAGGGCCAAGCAAUCGGAGAGAAGGUGAAUGUCCUAUACUCCAUAAUUCCCAGCCAGUAAGCCAGCUUCCUUCCUUGAGGCCUGAACAUCAUCACUACCCAACAAUCGAUGAGCCUCUUCCACCAAACUGGGAAGCUCGCAUUGACAGCCACGGGCGGGUCUUUUAUGUGGACCACGUGAACCGCACGACCACCUGGCAGCGGCCGACAGCAGCAGCCACCCCCGACGGGAUGCGGAGAUCGGGGUCCAUCCAGCAGAUGGAGCAACUCAACAGGCGGUAUCAAAAUAUUCAGCGAACCAUUGCAACAGAGAGACCAGAAGAAGAUUCUGGAGGCCAAAGUUGUGAGCAGGUCCCAACAGGAGGCAGUGGAGGCGGUGGGAGCGACUCAGAGGCUGACUCUUCUCAAUCAAGCUUAGAUCUGAGGAGAGAAGGGUCACUUUCUCCAGUGAACUCACAAAAAAUCACCUUGUUGCUGCAGUCCCCAGCAGUGAAGUUCAUUACCAAUCCCGAGUUUUUCACUGUACUACACGCCAAUUAUGGUGCCUACCGAGUCUUCACCAGUAGCACCUGCUUAAAGCACAUGAUUCUGAAAGUCCGGCGGGACGCUCGCAAUUUCGAACGCUACCAGCACAACCGUGACUUGGUGAAUUUCAUCAACAUGUUUGCAGACACACGGCUGGAAUUGCCCCGGGGCUGGGAGAUCAAAACGGACCAGCAGGGAAAGUCUUUUUUCGUGGACCACAAUAGUCGAGCCACCACUUUCAUUGACCCCCGAAUCCCUCUUCAGAACGGUCGUCUUCCCAAUCACCUGACACAUCGACAGCACCUCCAGAGGCUCCGGAGUUACAGCGCUGGAGAGGCUUCAGAAGUCUCUCGAAACAGAGGAGCCUCUUUACUGGCCAGGCCAGGACACAGCCUGGUAGCUGCUAUUCGAAGCCAACAUCAACAUGAGUCAUUGCCACUAGCAUAUAAUGACAAGAUUGUGGCAUUUCUCCGCCAGCCAAACAUUUUUGAAAUGCUGCAAGAACGUCAGCCAAGCCUGGCGAGAAACCACACACUCAGGGAGAAAAUCCAUUACAUUCGGACUGAGGGUAAUCAUGGGCUUGAAAAGUUGUCCUGUGAUGCAGAUCUAGUCAUUUUGCUGAGUCUCUUUGAAGAAGAGAUUAUGUCCUACGUCCCACUGCAGACUGCCUUUCAUCCCGGGUACAGCUUCUCUCCCCGCUGUUCACCCUGUUCCUCACCUCAGAACUCCCCAGGUUUACAGAGAGCCAGUGCAAGAGCCCCUUCACCCUACCGGAGAGACUUCGAGGCCAAGCUCCGCAAUUUCUACCGAAAACUGGAAGCCAAAGGAUUUGGUCAGGGUCCAGGGAAAAUUAAGCUCAUCAUUCGUCGGGACCACUUGUUAGAAGGAACCUUCAAUCAGGUGAUGGCCUAUUCCCGGAAGGAGCUUCAGCGAAACAAACUCUACGUUACCUUUGUUGGAGAGGAGGGUCUGGACUACAGUGGUCCUUCGCGAGAGUUCUUCUUCCUUUUGUCUCAGGAGCUCUUCAACCCUUACUACGGACUCUUUGAGUACUCUGCAAAUGAUACCUACACGGUGCAGAUCAGCCCCAUGUCGGCAUUUGUGGAAAACCAUCUUGAAUGGUUCAGGUUUAGUGGUCGGAUCCUAGGCCUGGCUUUGAUCCAUCAGUACCUUCUUGAUGCCUUCUUCACAAGGCCCUUCUAUAAGGCACUCCUGAGACUGCCCUGUGAUUUAAGUGAUCUGGAAUAUCUGGAUGAGGAAUUUCACCAGAGUUUGCAAUGGAUGAAGGACAACAACAUCACAGAUAUCCUAGACCUCACUUUCACUGUUAACGAAGAAGUUUUUGGACAGGUAACGGAAAGGGAGUUGAAAUCUGGAGGAGCCAACACGCAGGUGACGGAGAAGAACAAGAAGGAGUACAUCGAGAGGAUGGUGAAGUGGCGGGUGGAGCGCGGUGUGGUGCAGCAGACCGAGGCCCUGGUGCGGGGCUUCUAUGAGGUGGUAGACUCGAGGCUUGUCUCUGUGUUCGACGCCAGGGAGCUGGAGCUGGUGAUAGCGGGCACUGCGGAAAUCGACCUGAAUGACUGGCGGAAUAACACAGAGUACCGGGGAGGUUAUCAUGACGGGCAUCUUGUGAUCCGCUGGUUCUGGGCCGCCGUGGAGCGCUUCAAUAAUGAGCAGAGACUGAGAUUACUUCAGUUCGUCACGGGAACGUCAAGCGUGCCCUACGAAGGCUUCGCAGCCCUUCGAGGAAGCAAUGGGCUUCGGCGUUUCUGCAUAGAGAAGUGGGGGAAGAUUACGUCUCUCCCCAGGGCACACACAUGCUUCAACCGACUGGAUCUUCCACCUUAUCCCUCAUACUCCAUGUUAUAUGAAAAGCUGCUAACAGCAGUAGAAGAAACCAGCACCUUUGGACUUGAAUGAGGAAAUGGAAACUCACCUGACAUUUUCCUGGCAAUCACAUCACCCUUUCUGGGAUCAUCCCCUUGCCCUUUCCCUGAAUCAACUCUCCUUUGAUUUUGGUAUUCCAUGAUUUUUAUUUUCAAACCAAAUCAGGAUUGACAAAAGCUGUGCAUGAAGAACUGCCUUCUUCUGAGAUCCUACCUUCAGGCUUAUCUCCUCUACUCUCAAUGAACUGCUAGCCUGUAUGCAAUAUUAAACAACAGCUGUCUCAAGGUCUGUGUGUAUCUCCACAUACCUCCAUUACUAACAAUGAAAUAUGAAUGCAAGUUAUGCUACACUUGACCAAAUGGUAAUAAAAGUUUACUUCCAUUUAUAUAAUUUUAGGGAAAUUUGAGCAUUAAGCAUUCCGAGCUUUUUUAUGCCCAUGUCUUCUGAGCAGAGCCACCAUUUUUUAUAAUUUCUAAUGAGCAACUCCAGGUCUAGGAGUCAAUCAACAUUUUCUUUUGCUCCCACUCUACUUUUCCCUGUGCACACUAUCCAUCCAGAAACAGCAGUGACAAAGCUGCAGUUUUUAUACAUUCAACUCAUGAUUCAUAUGUGGCAUCAGUCCCAUUACCUGGAACGAGCCUAGGCAUAUGGUGCAAAUAUUACACUUUCCAACAAAAAACAAAAGCAAGAAAAACGCCUCCUGCUGAUGCAAUGUGGUGCAUCUCAAUGGUUGUGGGGAUUGUGGCUCAACCUGAGUUUAGAGAAGUCUAGGAGGGGUGCACCCCUCAUGAGCACUUACCACACAAGAAGCAGAAAACUUGUGCACACGAAGGAGAUCUCAUUAUGUAGCAUAAAGGACGAGGCUUCUCCCCACAUUGUGUUGUGUGGAAUGUGAUGGUUCAAAGAGGAGAGAGGGAAGAAGGCCAUGUUAGGUUGGUUUGAAUACCUGAGUUCUGUACUGUUUUGUUCUGUUUUGCUUUGUUCGGUCUAGCUACAGUUCUCCUUCACAAAGGAAAAAAAUGUAUAGAUAAUCUCAUGACUUUGUUAAAGCCAGGUAAUUAUUGCUUGGCAAACAAACUUUGUUUUAACUUUGAUACUGUUUUUUUCAUGCUCUUUUCUUUUUUUUCUUUUCUUUAUGAUGGUGUUCAAAUUCCUUCACAUCUGAUUGUCCCACGGGGACCACACUAAACAAGAAGCUGCAGAGAGUGAUGGUGCUUGUUCGGGGUCAAGGGCAAUAUAAUACUCCUUCUUCAUCCAUAGCAAUCCUCCUGGAGCAGACACCUAACACCCCCAGAGGCACAAUGAUUUGUCAGAAUAGAGAUCCAGUUUCUUUUAGCACUCAGUAAAGAGGUAUCUCAGAAAACUUAGUGUUUUCAAGAAAACAGUUGCAGGCUCCAAAGACAGCCUAACCUCUUGAUUCCAUUUGGAAUAAGUGCAAACAUAAUGGUGAAUCUCUAUUUUUCUAAACUUGUUAUCCAUGUUGUCUGAAAUAUGUCGUGAGUGAAAGUGUUUUUCUUCACUGGGAAAAGAAGAGCUAAAGGGGCCUCACUGUUGAAACGUCACAUCGUUUGUUUCCAAUAUACUAAACAAGGGAUAAAUGUGAGACAUUUAAGACAAAGUCAGUUUCACAGGAAGCCAUGCCUCCUGCUCCUUGUAUGGGUUUGUGUACAGGCAGCACAUUGUAUUUCCUGCCCUCCAAAAUGAAACUUCUUUUAGUAGGAAUUAUUUAUAAUGUCCAGCACACCUUGCUGCUGUGUAUCUAUUGUCAAUCAGGAAGUAAUACGUUCAGAAAUUUAGCUUCUAUUAUUGUCUAAAAGAGUAUUUGCCAAGGUAAGAUGGAAUGUGCAAGUUACAUAAUAUAAAUUUGAGGGAUCUGUAAAAUUCAGUACAUAUUUCAGUGUCUGAAAAGUUAUGAAUUCCAUUGAAGCUGUUAUUUAUAAAAUCAGAGCAUAAGAAUAAUACAAAUCAUUUCACCAUUUUAACUCUUUGAACAUCAUAUCUAGUAUAGGGAGCAUCUUUCAUUUUUAGAACUUGGUGUUAUACAUGUGUAAACACUCAUUAAUUCAAGCACUCCAUUCUCUUUUUAGUAUUUCUCUUAUUUGUUAGGCAUUGGCAAGGGAGGAAGAUGUUCAAAAGAUGGAACCUGCUCGUGAGGAGCUUUACAUUUACACAAACAUCUAAUUAACAAAUUAAUUAGAUUACUUGAUGUCUAUUCCACCCAUACACAGAAGGAACAAGGUAUCCUAGAAAAUAUAUAGAGAUAGAUAUCUCGGGCAUAAAUGGAUUUUCAACUAACUUUUCCUUCUUCCUGUUCCUCCUCCCUCCUGCCCUGGUGCCAUGGCUCUAAAUGUGUCCCACGAAGCAUUCAUUACAAGAUCAGUAUUUGAUAAAAGUAUAAAAUUCCAAAAAGAAAUACUGAUGUCAAAGUCAGGUGAAAGGAAGCAAAUCUUGCUUGACAGGGUCCCAGAUUGUAUGACAGUCUUGCACAGAAUCGUAAACAAAGGGAAGAGGAGAACAGACAGUUGUUAUGGAAUGAUUCUAUGAUUUCCCCAUGUCCCAAGUCAUGUUUCUUUAGUUAUUAUUCCCUAACAUAUGAAGCUGUAAUACAUGAAAAUUAUGUAUAAUUUUUCAUUACAUGUAUAAUUAUGUUAUUAAUUCCAUCAGCUGGAGGUGUAAACCUCCCCCAAUCAUGUGACUCAAUGGGCAAGGCAGAUCUGUUUGUUACCACUUCUAAUUUUUUUUUUUUUUACUAAAAAUAUGAAUUUUCUCCAUGGAGACAUUUUAUAUUAAUCACUUAUAAACCACAAUUGUCCUAAAACAAAACGUUUUAGAGUUAGUUUGGUAAGAGUGUAUUACCCUUAACUAGAGGAUAAACAAGAACAAUAAGCAAGAGAAAAUUUAUCUUUCAAGUAGAAAAAUGCUUUUAAAAUGCUAUGAAGUGUCACAAUAAUUUUAUGGAUAUGACAUUUUAUUCUAUCACAUGAAAAUGAUACUCCUAAAAUUAGAAAUUGCCUCUUCAGGGUAGGAGUUCUCUGUAACUUCCUAUGUAGAGAGAAGUUGGCAGUGGUUGUGAGAACUUUUCCUUCCCAUCACCACUGUAGCACAGUUUCUUGCGGGCCAUGAGAAAAUUAAGAAAAAGAGAUCUGGGAUUCUUUGGCAGGCUUCUAAAUCUUUUUCUCUUUUAAUCCAUGACCACAUGUCCAUUCAUGGUAAGUAUAUUUGUGUGGCAAGUCAAUAAGCCAGACUUUCCAGAACAGUUUUAAUGUUACAUCUAUGGCAUUGUCAGUCCAUGUGUCAAACUGUGUGUCCAAAAUUUGGGUUCAAAAAAUUUCUCAGUUGCCACAAAUGAUUUCCCAGUCAAGAUGAAACACUUUCAAAUGAAAGUAGUUAGAACUUUACAUAACAAAUGUGGUGCUUUAUUAUUAUUAUUAUUAUUAUUAUUAUGUACUUCAGUGUUCAUUAUUAAAUCUACUGCAAUACUAUAUCAUAAAAAUCUGGGAUGGAUGUUCUAGCCAUCAUGAGGUCCAAAAGAGAAAGUGUUAUUUUCCUGUUAGUGACAUGUAGUUCCUUUGUUCUAGUAGAAAAAAAAGGUGCCUAGAGGUAGUAUAUAGAGUAAAUAUUGUUCCAUUAGCCUACUUCCUGCAGCUUCCAAUUUAUCUAAGGAAAUGUCUAUAACAAUUUUGUUAAAAGUCUUUGUUCUAGUCAAUAGCAGGAGAAGUCCACAUUACUGGGCUGAUUUUGCUUACAUCAGCAAGAGAAAUGUCACGUGAUACUCAGGCAGAGCUUUCUCUUCCAUCAUACCACCUUCAAGGAAUGUCAAUAAACUCACUUUGGUAUGGCA